UCUAAGAAGGAUUCUACUUCCUUUUGAGUUCUGGAUUCCUUGGCAUAUAUCCCAUGUUUUAGCUUUACAUAUUUAUAAUAUCUAGGUCUUCCUCAAUUGAUGAGAUCAUGGCUUCAGAAAUAGAAGUAGAGGAAGAAAAAUUUAAACAAUUCGACAUUGUUACAGACUAUUCUGAUCACUUCUACGCCAAUAAUAGUAUUAAUGGAGUUGGCGUCACCUUCACCAAUCCACAAAAUAAUGUCAGCAAAAGCAUUAUGAAAGAAUGGAGAAAUCUAGAGAGAAAUCUUCCAGAUUCCAUCUACGUUAGGGUUUACGAAGGCAGGAUGGAUUUGCUUCGAGCAGUGAUAAUCGGGGCGGACGGAACUCCUUAUCACGACGGCCUUUUCUUUUUCGAUGUUUUAUUUCCAACGAGUUACCCUAACCAACCUCCAUUGUUCCAUCACCGAGCACACGGCAUGCAAUUGAAUCCAAAUCUUUAUCCUGACGGAAAAAUUUGCUUAAGCUUGCUGAAUACCUGGUUUGGAUCAAAAUCUAAAGGAGAAUCAUGGGAUCCUUCGCGUUCGACGAUUCUUCAAGUAUUAUUAUCGAUUCAAGCACUCGUUCUCAAUAAGAAACCCUACAGCAAUAAUCCAUUCACCUUCGUUUCAUCGCAUGUAAGAAGGUUAAGUAGGCAAUACAAUAAGCAAGUUUUUAUAUUAUCUUGCAAGACAAUGUUGUGUUUAUGGAGAAGACCCCCGAAGAAUUUUGAGGGUUUCGUAAAGGACCAUUUUCGUGGGAGAGCGAAUAAGAUUUUGAAGGCGUGUAAGGAUUAUGGAGAUGGUAAUGCGAUCAUCGGCGAAGAGAUGAAUGGAAAUUCUGUGGUAGUUCCUGAGGAGUGGAAGACUGUGAUGAGAGAUGUGCAUGCUCUACUUGAUGCUGCGUUCAACAAGAACGAAGAUGUUGGCCCAAACAAGCUUCCAUCCGUUAUAUCAACAGCAGCAAAUAUUGAAUUUUUUAUUUUUAUGUCAUUUAUACUUUUGAUUUCUGUCUUAUUUGUCGUCGGCGUAUUUAUCAGGUAAUUUUGAGUUAAAUUCAUUGUUUCUAUUUAGGGUUUAGGUUCUUAGUAGUUGCUGUAAAAAUCAAAUUUGCAAU